AUGAUUGGACAGAAAACUAUUAAUUCAUUUUUCUCCCCAGUUUCAAAGAAGAGGGUUUUUAAAGAGUUAAAUGAUACCGAGGGGAAUACGAAAGAGCCGAAGAAGCAGAAGUCCGCUGUGGUGGAGCCGCACAGCCCGAGUCUCUGUCCCCUGACCGCGGAGCAGCAGGACAGGAUCGCCCGCAACAAGCUAGCGGCGCUGGAGAGACUCGCUUCCGCUCAAACUCCACCAGAGUUCGGGGAGAGCUGGAGGAAGGAGCUGUCCUCGGAGUUCGUGAAGCCGUACUUCAAACAGCUGAUGAGUUUAGUGUCUGAAGAGAGAAAACGCCACACUGUUUACCCACCUGCUGAGCAUGUCUUCACCUGGACUCAGACGUGUGCCAUCCGGGAUGUCAAAGUGGUAAUUCUGGGCCAGGAUCCCUAUCAUGGUCCUAACCAGGCCCAUGGACUGUGCUUCAGUGUGAAAAGACCAGUUCCUCCCCCUCCCAGUUUGGAGAACAUGUACAAAGAACUGGCGUCAGACAUUGAAGGUUUUCAGCACCCCGGUCAUGGAGAUCUCACUGGAUGGGCCAAACAGGGCGUUUUGUUGCUCAAUGCGGUGCUGACGGUCCGAGCACACCAAGCCAACUCUCACAAAGAGAAAGGCUGGGAGGUGUUCACUGACGCUGUGGUGCAGUGGCUCAGCAACAAUCUGGAGGGCAUCGUCUUCAUGCUGUGGGGCUUAUAUGCUCAGAAGAAAGGAGCUGCUAUUAACAGGAAGCGCCACUACGUCCUGCAGGCUGUGCACCCUUCUCCUCUGUCCGCUCAUCGAGGGUUUUUUGGGUGCAGGCAUUUUUCAAAGGCCAACGAGCUGCUGCAGACAUCAGGAAAGUCUCCCAUAGACUGGACGGCUCUUUAG